AUGAAUCCCGCAAACCUAAUUAUUCAGUAUGAUAGUGAUACUCAGUCUGAUCUAACCCAGGACCGCAAGAUAACUCCACCCAAUCAAGGGCCCGCAGGGAUCGAUCUCCCUCCGAAGAAGGCAAAGCCCGAGUCCCAUGACCGAAACCAACGACGCCGCAUCGGCAACCACGAGCUAGCCGACCCAUUUGCUGACUCUGACUCUGAAGACACAGGAGGUCAGCGCCCCCGAGAGGACACCCCUGUUACUCGUACUCCCCAUGAGCAGUUAUAUCAUGACAUGGGUGUGGCCGAGCUGGGAGAGAAUGUUGCUCUUACUUUUCACACUCUUACAGAGCCGCAACGUUCUGCCGCCCUGCUUGCGGUCCAACUAUCUGUACACCGCCGAAUGGACGAAAUCAUAAGGGGAGGAAUCAAUCCACAUCCACAGGUUUCCGCUGUCACUGCGGUUCUUAGCCACGAAGAACAAAUCCGCACCUUUGAAUACCAAAAGCCAGCCAAGGACUUCAUCCGAAUGACCGCGCGUCAAUGCAUGACCGCAGAGAACAUUGAGACUUAUGCUCAAGACAACCAUGAAAACUCGCUCUUCCGCUUGGUCAUGGCCGAAAUAGCCCUCCUCCCUCCAGCCUUCCAACGUGCACAUCUCCCACCCCGAUUCAUUGGAGGUGACCAAUCAGCCCUCAAUAGUGUUCACACUGAGGUGAAGAACCAACUCAAACAAGUUCGACACAAGGUGCGCAACGUCUUGCUCACCGGCAUUGUCACAGGUGAUGCCCCUGCGCCCAUUAAGGUCCCGGACAUCCAAGAGCUGUCCAGGCUUGUCUGGAAGCAUCUGAUGACCACUGGGAGGUCCAAUCCUCUCUCGGAAUCGGAAAUCGACACCCGAAUCAAUGUCUUUUUGAAGGUCCGGAUUGCCUACCUCCGGUUAGCCACCCUAGUCAACUACCUCGAUCCCGCUUGCCGAAACAUAUCGCAGUGGGACCAGAUAGAUGCCCAACUUGUUGCCAGUCGAGCCCACCCAAUCAACUAUACUAACCAUUGGAACCGACUGAUCACAUCCAAGGAUAAGGCAUUGUUUGGUGCCAAACCCAUGUAUGCUGACAUCGAUCAGGACCUAAUCAGCAGUCCUAGCGAUGAGGAAGUCCAUGCACGUAUGGCCACUGGCCAACGGCUAUGA